AUGGUGUUUCCACAACAAGAGCAAGAGAGUCUUAUCUAUGAUGUAAGACUAUCUUCCAUUGGGCCUGGUCGAGUUAGCGGGUCAGAUGUUAUUCACGAUCUCGGUGGUCUCGACCUGGCCAUGAAACUUCAUUAUCUUAAGGUGGUUUAUCUAUUUGACUCUGAGGCGGCACAAGGUCUAACUAUUAUGAAAAUAAAAGAGUCAUUGUUUACUUUGUUCAACCAUUAUUUCAUCACGUGUGGCCGGUUUCGAAGAUCGGAGCCUGGUCGGCCGUAUAUCAAAUGUAAUGAUUGUGGAGCAAGGUUUGCUGAGGCUAAAUGCACCAAAACUUUACAAGAAUGGCUUCAUAUGAAGGAUUGGUCUUCCUACAAGUUGCUCGUUCCUCAACAAGUUCUUGGACCUGAAUUAUCUUUUUCACCUCCUCUUUUCUUGCAGGUUCUUUAA